UUUGUGUGAAACGAGCUGCUCUUAAAAACCAUGACACUUGAACUGCCGCCCAUUAUACUGAGAGGCAAACAGUUGAUCUCGUACUACAAGCUUAAGCGCAAAUAUCCCGUUUCACGUGAAUUUCUACAUGCGAAUUGGGGAAACGUUAAACGGUUUAUACUCUAUGCGCUCAAACCACGCUGCGUAAUCCGGCAAUAUGCCUGGCGUAAGCGCAAUCGCGUGCUGCUUAUGAGACGCUCACGUUUGCUGCUCUUCGAUCCGCGACUGAAGCCCAUGAUCAAGCGACGCAAGGCGAACUUUAAGGCAUGGUCGAGUAACCUGGUACAGUAUUAUAAACGCAUGGGACAUGUAACGGAGCACGAGGAGACGGAGCUGUAUGGCGAGGAGUUGUCCAAGCAGAUGAAGCAACAGCUGGAGCUGCUAAAAAACAGCAAUCGUGGCUUGGCGCUCAUUGAGGAUGCUAAUAAAAAUGUGGAGAUCAAACAAGUGGAGCCAGAGCAAAUGGAGGUGGAAGUAGAGCAGCAGGCAGAGCAAGUGGAAUUGCAGGCAGAGACUGAAGAGCAGCAGGCAGCGCAAGUGGCAGCCGCUGAAGAGCAGCAAGCAGAUACAUUGGAGGCUGAAGAGCAGACAGAAGUGAAUGUAGCAAGUGAGGUUGUGACUACAGUUAAGGAUGUGGCGGAGGAGCAGCUGGUAGCAAAGGAAGCUGAGAAGCCAGCUGAAAAGCCAGCUGAGCAGCCAGCUGAGAAGCCAGCUGAGCAGCCAGCUGAAAAACCCGCUGUAGGUGGCAGCAAUUUUCUGGACAUGCUAAUGAGCAAAGUGCGCGUCAAGAACUUUGCCAAAGAGUCAAACUUUUCACAGCCGAAGGCAACAACAGAGUCGAACACACAGGCAAAGACAAAAACAGUUGCAGUUGUGCCAACGCCCGACGAAGCUGUCGAAGAGGAUUUGGGCUUCGAUGACAGCGCACAUCAGCCGGGCAUGCUGCUCACUCCGCUGGUGCCGCAGCGUUGCCAGACCCAAGCAGGCAAUUCAGCUUUUGUAAGCGAUGCACUCGAUACGUACAUGAAGCAAAACAAUCUGGAGGACAACGAGGAGCGUCUGCUGGAGCCGAUGUACCAAGAUGGACGCGUGACCACACACAGCGUGCCACCGCAUAUGGAUAUGCCGGCAGUGCCCGAUAGUCUGCAGCGCCUGCGCACUGUGGGCGAGCGUCGUCUCUAUCUGCAGCGCUGCAAGAGCCAGAAAAUGGGAAUUAUCAAUAAUGAGGCAAACAUCUACAGAGAGCUGCAGCGCAAGCAGCAGCAGCGCAAGGUAAAGUUGCAUGCAAUGCAGCAGCUGCAAUCCUUGCAAACAGCCAUGCCCUUUACACGCCAGGGCUGGCAAGCCGCCAGCUAUGUGUCCACCGAGCGCGAUAGAUACUACUACCAAGUGAUGCGCAUUGAUGGGGAGAUGGUGCGACUGCCAGGCAGUCAAGGCAACAAUGUGCAGCGUGAGAAGCAACCCUAUAGCAGUCGCAUAAGUCCGUCCGAGCUGGCGACGCGCUGUGGCAGCCACUGCCUGGAUGCGCAAAUACAGUCGCAGCUGCAUGUGCUGCCCAGUUUGUCCAAGCAGAAGCAGCGCAAGUUGAAUGAAGCGCCGCUGCCCGCUGUGUUUCGUCCCUGCCCGCUGUCGCAAAAGCCAUAUCAACGCCCGUUGGAUGAUGAUACAGCCGCAUUGCUGCUCGCCGGCGGCAGCAUGGCGGUCGUCAGCAUGCCCAUUGUGCAGCUGGAUGUGCAGCCGCAGCUGGGACGUCCACUGGAUGAAAUUGCCAAGCGUUACUUGCAGCACAUACUGCCGCAUCAUGACAUCACACGCGAGUGGGCAGAGUUUGCCACUGCAACGCUUAUGACACAAAAUCCCUGCGGACGUCGCAAGAGCUUUACUUUUGUUAUACCUUAUCUGAACGAUCGCAAUCACAUUCUAGUGCGACGCGUAGUCGAUCGCUCGGAGGCUUUGGAUGACUGCUUCAAGUCCGGCAAACCUUUGAAGCAGCUGCAGCAGUUUGAGUUUCGCUCACAGCUGCCUGAGCAGCCGGAUGAGCUGGCGCUGCAAUGUGCGGAUAUGCUGGGGGAAAUGAUUAACACUGUUGCCAUUAGCUGCAGCGAAAAUGCUUUCAUUAGCGAAGAUGCUGCAGCUGCAGCGGAGCUUGCUACUCUGCGAGAUGAGCACAUCUUUGAGCCGCCAAAGAAGCGCUGGCUGAAGCAGCCGCCAGCCAACAAACGUCCCAAUCGACAAAUGCGUCUGGCCAAGGAGCUGAAGCGUCUCAAUGCUACAAUUAUAGAUGCCGCUGCGCUGGCCAAGGAUGCCAACAAGCCCUGCCUUAAGGACUUUUGCCAGCUGGGCUGCAUCUGUGAAAGUCUCGCCGCUCCGCGUCCGACACGUGAACAUUGUGGACACGCCAAAUGCGUUUUGAAGUGUCGCUGCAGUCGCGCGGAUCUGACGCGCGUCGUGCGUGUGGAAACAGAUGGUCGCGGCCUGUCUAACGAGGAUGCUUUCAAUCUACGUCGCCAGGCCACUGCACGUUUGGCCAAAAUGGAAAAGGACUUCACCUCAACGCUGGUGCUGACGGACAACGAAACGCUGCUGAUCAAUGAAACGCAGAGCGACAAGAAGCGACGCUGCACCAAAGCGCCCAAGCGCUAUGAGGACUUCGAUGACUCUAUCGAUGAUGACGAGGCAAAUCGAACGCGUACAGCUAAAUUGGCAAAGAAGGGUAGUCCACAGAGCAGCAACCAGGACAACCAGGAGCAACAGCAGCAGCAGCAAGUUGUACUGAAGGAGCACUGCAGCGUUAAAAACGCGGAUAUUAUGAAAUUGAAGCAUUGCCAGGUGGCGCUGCGACGUUUGCCCGAUGUGGCCAACUUGGCUACGUUUUGUAUGACGCAUCAAUUGUAUAAAUGUUUCUGCGGUGGCUUGUCCAGCGAGGGCAGACCGGUGAUUAUAGAGAAGGAGCAAGCGGAGCUGCCUAUGCCCAGCUAUGUGCCGCAAUUGGCCACACGCGCUCACUACAGCUUUGAGGCGCCAGAGGUGGAGCCAGUGCCAAAGAAGCAGUCGAAAGCAAAAGCGGCGGUUAAAAAGGAUGCAGAGCCGCCAGCCAAGGCAACAACACCAAGACCGACUGUUAUCAAAGAAGCAGCGCCGCCAGCAGAGCCAGCUGUCAUAAAUGAGGCGGAGCCACCAAGCAGCAAAAGCGCGCCCAGGACAAUAGCGCCCAAGCCCGAAGGCAAGCCAUUUGCAAAGCCAGUGAAGCCGCCAAAGCAGCCAGCGGUGAAAGCAGCAGAAGAAGCUUUGCCGGAAUGCGUGCCGCGUUUUGAGCGUCCACCAGAGCUGGAUAUAAUCUUUAGUUACUAUCGCUCGCGUCCUUAUCAAUGUCGUCGUGUUAUAAGCGUGCCCAAGAAUUGUUAUCUGCGUCUCAAUCGCAAGCGUUCGACCAGAAUGCGUCAGCAAGUGGAACGCGCAGAGACGCCACAAACGCUGGAGCUGCUGGAGCGACGCAUAGCCGGCGCAGUGCGCUACUAUCGCCUGGAGCUGGAGCGGCAGCGACAAAGCGAGGAGCAGCAAAGGCAGCAGCAGCAACAGCCUGAGCAGCCCAAAGAGCCGCCAGAGCCAACUGUUAUACUGGUGCGUGAUGAUAGCGAUGAGGGUGACGAUCCUUGCAGCAGCAGCAGCGCAGCGCCCGCAGCCUCCGCCUCAAACGCACGCGCACGCUCAGCUGAACCCACAACCGACUCCGCAGCCAAGCGUCCAAGGCUGGACAUACAAGUGCCCAAAAUCUCAGCCUGCUACUCGCUGGCGGAGCCAACUGAAGCACCCGCCUGCGCCAUAUCCACACCCAGCAGCACGCCCAGCGACGAGGAUUGGCAAUCCAUGGACGCCAGCUUCUUCCGCAGCAGCUACAACGAAGUCAUACGCAACAUGAACACGCUGGUGUCCAAGAAGAUGCAAGACAUCGAUUUGGCGCUGCAGCGCGAGAGCAAAAUUAUUCCAGCACCCAAUGAGGAAAUUCUCUGCAUUAUCAAGUGGACCAACUUUUUGGCCGCCUUUGAGUCCGAGUAUGUUUUUAUUUGGGAUGUGCAGCUGUCCGAUGGCUCCAGCCUGAUGGCAGCCACCAUCAACAAUGUUAUGCCUCCAGUUGUGGGCGCCGUGGCUGUGUCCAAUACGCGCUUUGCCACAAAUCUCAGCAAGCUGCCGCUCAUGGCGCGCAUGUUGGUGCGCAGCAGGCGCAAUGAGAACACGGAUCGCUUGGCGGUGGUCAUGCAGGGACGACAGCAGUACUGGAUUGUCAGAGGCUUUUUGCGCUACAUGGAGGGCAACUCGUGCACCAAGCCCACGCCAGAAACGCACCCAAUACUGACCAAGAAGAUUAACGUGCUCUGCACUUUGAUGGUGAAGCAACGCAUACGCGACAGGCCACCACAGCUGCCAGCUCCGCCUCAGCAGCCAGCUCCACAGCCACAGCCACUGCCGCCGGUGCCGGUGCAGCCACCUACGCUGUCAUCCAUACCAGCAAUUCCAUUCUCCAUUGUUAGUCUGCCCAUGGUCAAGCCGCCGGUAAUUAUAGCGCCGCCCAUUGUCACGCCCAUUGUUACGCCCACUAUUGCGCCCAAGGACUCGGUGAUGAACAUACGCAGCAACAUUGAAGUGCGCAAGGUGAACCAAGCGGAUGUCAGCGAACUGCAAAUACCGGAGCUGCAUGACGAGGAUCAUCGCUGGCUUGUGCUGAAUCUCUUCGAUGACUUCUCGCACGUCUUUGUGCCCGCCUUUCGUGACAUGAUCUCGCUGGAUCGCAUACACAAUGUCAUGCGUGAGGCCGUGGGACGCAACAAGGUGGUCAAGCUGCAGUUCUUCAAGGAUGCUCCCUACGAUGCUUUUGUUACGCCCUCCUCGCGGCGCAAGAUCUACUUUGGUCCGGUGCCGCUGGACAUGGCGCCGCCAGUGCUUGUGCUGCUGCAGAGCGUCGAUGGCAAAAUGAUGCUGCGUGAGGUUUAUCAGAAUGCGCAUAAUAUUCCGGUGCAGCGCCAGCAGCGCACCAUGGCCUUUUGGGUGCUGCAGAUCAGCAAGCAGCUGCACUUUGAGCUGGACUUGGGCGUCAGCGCAAGUCUUGUGCAAUUGCCUGCGGCAACGGCGGCAGCAGCUGCAGUAGCAGAGGAUGAAGACGACUGCGUUAUUAUAGAGGAUGACACGGAAGAAGAGGAUCAUCAAGCGCCGCCGUCGCCGUCGCCACCAUCACCACCACCACCACCACCGCCACCCUCAAUACCAAAGCUAAUGCCAAAGCCAUCACCUGAGCGCAUUAAUUUCACCAUACAAUCGCCAUCGAAAAUCAAAUUAGCCGGCGGCUUUGUGCCGUUAAUUUCAAAAGUUCCUGCCGUUAUUGCAGACGCAGCGCUGCACAACAGCAAAGUGCUGCAGUCAACGCCAGCGAUAACGUCGACAGCAGCAGUGCUGCACAACUGCCAAGUGCUGCAGUCAACGCCAGCAACAACAUCGGCCGCAGCAGUGCUGCAGAACAUCAAAGUGCUGCAGUCACCGCCAAGAACAGCGACAACGUCGACAGCAACAGUGCUGCAGAACAUCAAAGUGCUGCAGCAGUCACCGCCAGCGACAACGUCGGCAGCGGCAACGGCAGCAGCAGAAAUGCCAGAGACCACUGUUACGCUAAUUACGCUGCCUCCUAAGAAAGACGCAACGCCUACAUUGAAAAUCAACGAGUCGCUGCAGCAGCUGCUGAGCAGCAACAAUGCCAAUCCCAAGCAGAAUUUAACCAUAACUGUUGUCAAAGCCAAAGAGCCAACAAAGCCAGUAGCUGCAGCUGCAGCUGCGCCAGUUGUGGCCGAGUCUAAAAAACCGCUAAAGCGCAAAAACUCAGACGCAGACAAAAAAGCAAAAGCAUCAAAAAUACCAAAAACAAUAUCGCCCGCAGUCGCAGCAGCAGUAGCAGCUGAAGCUGCAAAGAUAGCGCGCGAUGCGCUGCCACCGCCACCGCCAAAGCCAGCAAAGAUUUACAAGUCGCUUAAGAUAUUGCCAAAGCUGCUGCCUAAGCCACCCAACAUGGUCACCCCCCAGGUGACCUCCCCGCCAAAGCUACCGGCGAUCAGGGCAAGCCACAGGGGCAAGAAUUCGCAUUCACCGCAGCGCUCCAAAUCGCCGCCGCCAGUACCCAAAAUAAUCAUCUGUGACACGCAGAAUUCGCAGUUGGAGCAACUGCUUAAGAAAAGCAACAAUGCUAAGCAGGACGCGCAGUCACCGCCUAAAGCAAGCAACAAUAAUAAAGCGCAGUCGGAGUCGCCGCCUAAAGCUAGCAACGAUGUUACGCCGCAGUCGCAGUCACCGCCUAAAGCGAGCAGCAAUGUUAAGUCGCAAUCGGAGUCAGCAGCGCAACAGCCUAAAUCAAGCAACAAUGUUGCGUCGCAGUCAACGCAAACGCCUAAAGCAGGCGACUAUGUUACGCCGGAGUCGCAGGCAGCGCAGCCGUCUAAAUCAAGCGACAAUGUUAAGCCGCAGUCGCAGCCAGCGCAAGCGUCUAAAGCAAGCAACAAUGUUAAGCCGCAGACGCAGUCAGCGAAACCGACUAUAGCACACAUCUAUGUUAAGCCGCAGUCGCAGUUACUGCAGCCUAAACCAUGCGGCAGCGAUAAGGAGCCGUCAAUAGCAGCGCAGGCCCCAACAGUAACGCAGUCGAAAGCGAAAUACGGUUUUCUGGUGGCUAAAAAUUUGCCACGCUAUCGCGUCAAGGAGAUGGGCAAUAGAUUUAUGAUUAAAAUGCCAGAUGAUGGACAAGGUGUACUUGCAUUCAAUUCACCAGCGUCUGCUGGCUCCUAUCUUAAUCGGUAA